AGGAAGGGCGGAAGGAACCGCCGGGGGCCAUGGACGGGGCCGUGAUGGAAGGGCCGCUGUUUUUGCAGAGCCAGCGUUUCGGUACCAAGAGGUGGAGGAAGACCUGGGCGGUGCUCUACCCGGCCAGCCCCCACGGUGUCGCGCGGCUCGAGUUCUUUGACCACAAGGGGUCGAGCUCUGGAGGUGGCCGAGGGAGCUCGCGCCGCCUGGACUGCAAGGUGAUCCGUCUGGCUGAGUGUGUGAGCGUGGCCCCCGUGGCCGUGGAGAGCCCCCCUGAGCCUGGCGCCGCAGCUUUCCGCCUGGACACCGCACAGCGUUCCCACCUGCUGGCGGCCGACGCGCCGUCCAGCGCCGCCUGGGUGCAAACGCUGUGCCGAAACGCCUUUCCGAAAGGCAGCUGGGCCCUGGCGCCUGCCGAGAACCCACCCAAGCUUUCUGCCCUGGAGAUGCUGGAGAAUUCACUGUAUAGCCCCGCCUGGGAAGGAUCCCAGUUCUGGGUAACCGUGCAAAGGACUGAAGCCGCUGAGCGUUGUGGCCUGCAUGGCUCCUAUAUGCUGAGAGUGGAGGCUGAGAGGCUGACUCUCCUGGGCGUUGGGGCCCAGAGUCAGAUACAGGAGCCACUCCUUUCCUGGCCUUACACUCUGUUGCGUCGCUAUGGCCGAGACAAGGUCAUGUUCUCUUUUGAGGCUGGCCGCCGCUGCCCCUCUGGCCCUGGAACCUUCACCUUCCAGACGGCACAGGGAAAUGACAUCUUUCAGGCAGUUGAGACUGCUAUCCACCGACAGAAGGCCCAGGGAAAGGCCAGCCAGGGGCAGGAUGUUCUCAGAGCUGAUUCCCAUGAAGGAGAAGUGGCAGAAGGGAAGUUGGCUCCCCACCGGGGCCCCCAGGAGCUCGCAGGCAGCACUCCAGCCCUGUAUGCUGAACCCUUAGACUCCCUGCGCAUUCUUCCAGGCCCUUCCCAAGAUUCUGUAUACUCAGACCCCCUGGACAGCACCCCUGCUCAGGCAGGGGAGGGGUUAAAGAAACCUCUCUAUUGGGACUUGUGUGAGCAUGUGCAGCAGCAGCUGAUAAAGGCCAAGCUGACAGACCCCAAAGAAGACCCCAUCUAUGAUGAACCUGAGGGCCUGGCCCCAGCUGCUCUCCGGGGCCUUUAUGAUCUGCCUCAGGAGCCCAAGGAUGCCUGGUGGUGCCAGGCUCGGGUGAAGGAGGAGGGCUAUGAGCUCCCCUACAACCCUGCUACUGAUGACUACGCCGUGCCACCCCCGCGGUGCACAAAGCCCUUCCCAGCCCCCAAGCCCCAGGGCCUGGCCUUCUCUGAAUCCGGUGCUGCAGCUGGCAGUGGCAGCAAAGGCCAUAGCUCAGAUGCUGCCCUGUAUAGCCAGGUCCAGAAGAGUGGGGCCUCAGGUAGCUGGGACUGUGGGCUCUCUGGAGCAGGGACUGACAGGACUGGGGCCAAGUCAGAGGGCUCCACAUGAGAAGAAGGGCAAGGCUGGGGUUGCUGAUAGGAGGACCAUGGGGAGGUGGCACUGCGGAUCAAAGAAACCUGUUAGAACCAGCAGGAACCAGAGGGGUCCGUGUGUAGAGACCAGGGUACAAGGGGAGUCAAGGGAAGGUUGAUCUGUCCCAAGAAGUCAUGGAAGUGGGACAGUUGGCAGGGGCUCAGGGAUUGGAUCUGGGGGAGGCCAGCACCUCUAAGUCAUCCCCAUCAAAGGAAGGGAUAGCUGCUGGAGCAGUAUUAUAGAAAGGGGUGUUUGGUCAGAGUAGGUACAGUUUGAGGGGCCUGUAUGGAGGCUAUAGGGAGACACUGGGCUGUGUCUUGAUCCUUCCCCCUGCAUUGUUCUUUGCCAGAGAGAUAUAUUUUUUUAAAGUUUUAUCCUCAUUAAAGUCAGUUUGGGUUUAAGA